AUGCCCACCAUGAUGGCCAUUCCUUAUUACGCCUCCAACAAUGCAGACAUGCUACUGGCUCAGUCCGAAGCGGGUCGCGAGAAUCUCGGGCGCGCAUACUACAAGGGCAUUGCCAAGUACUUUUCAUCGACCGCCACCAUCAUUCCGCUCCCUGUCAACUACCUGCACACCAUCAACCAAGGCGGCAACGUGGUUCGAGUCUGCUGGCGCCAACCUGACGACACCCAAGAGUCCACUGACGCUGCGACCGCGUUCAAGAUUUACCGGUCUACCGAUGGACGCGGAUGGGACGAUGGAGUUAUCGUCGCCGCUUUUACGUACCUUAACAGCUUGUGCUACGACGUUACAUCUCUGACAGUCGGGCAAGUCUACUUUUUCAAGGUUGCCGGUCUCAAUGCAGGAGGCGAAGCGUUGACCAAAUGGACGGCAGCGGCGCGCGUGACCGACCCUGCUGUUGGUGUCACUCGUCCGCCAAUUGUCAUCGUCGACUGCUUUGUCGAAGGCUUUGUGCACACUUCUACCAACAUCGAGGGUCGGUACACGCGGGAGUAUGUGGUCGAGCACGCCCUGUCGAUUGCUGGAGCCGGUUACUCGUUUGAUUCUGCAUCUGCAGACAUCUUUUCUGAGUCCCAAUGGGUUACCACCCACCUAGCAAUGUACAAGGCGGUUGUCUGGGCGUCGGGUGAUACGGCCGCCAACAUCAAUGUCUUCCCUGCUGUUGCGCAAACCGCCAUCAACUCGUGGAUUGCAGGUGCCUCCUCUGCAAGCCCUCGCUCGCUUUUCGUCAGUGGCUCGAAUGUCGCUGCUGGCCUUAGUGCUGCGGGCAGUACCAGCCUCACCUUCCUCAACAGUCAACUCAAGUCCACCUUUGUCAACGCCAAUGCAAACACUUUCGUUGUUCGCCCGAACGCUGGAUUCACCAUGAGCGGCACUGUGGGCUUCAACAGCAUUGUGGUGCUUGGGAACCCAUACGCUGUCAGCUCGCCGGAUCAGAUCGGCACAGCAGGCACAGGAACAGCGGCGCUGUACUACGGCCCUUCGUCUGGGACGAAUGUCGCUGGUGUCAGCUCACGCAGCACGGCAGGAUAUUAUGCUUCCUUCUUGCUCGGCUUCCCUUUUGAAACGAUCAACUCGCGAGACGAGCGCGACAAGUUGAUGGCUUCGAUCCUGUCCACCAUCAUGUUUGCAGCUCCUGACUUGCCCUUGGCGCUGCCGUCCGUCAGCUCGGCUGCCAGCAUGGCCACGCAAGCUUCUGUUGCUUCCCGAAGCUCUGCUUCGAUUGCAACCACCGUGUCUGCAAGCGUUGCCUCAAUUGCUUCGAUUGCAUCCACAGUCUCCGCCACAGUUGCUUCGGCAUCGUCUGCAUCAGUUGCCUCAGAAUCGUCUGCAUCAGUUGCCUCAGAGUCGUCUGCAUCAAUUGCCUCAGCAUCAUCAGCGUCAAUCGCCUCGGCAUCGUCAGCGUCGGAAGCGUCGGAAGCGUCCCGUGCCUCAGCUUCUGCCUCUGUGGCCUCCGAAGCGUCAGCGUCAGCCACUCAAACCCCGCAAUACUCGUGCCACGUUGAAUGUCAAGGCGGCUGCACUGGCCCAGCGGACACGGAAUGCGUCUCCUGCGUGCACUUCAAGUUUGGCGCCCGAUGCGUCGCCUCCUGCCCGAUCGACUAUGCAAGCAAGGCUGAUCAUGUUUGCGCGCCCGUCCCCAAUGAUUCCUUGCCCAUCGGAGCGAUUGCUGGCGGUGCUGGCGGCGGUGUCGUCCUGCUGUUGCUUCUUUUGCUCAUCCUGCUUCUUGUCGUUCGUCGCCGUCGCAGCAAACCUGCGCCGAACGCCGAAGCCCCUGCCCCGCAGUCCACGAUGCUCUUUGCCAACCCGCUGCUCGAUCAUGGCGCUGAAAUGGAUGGCGUCUAUGAUACGCUGAAUGCCCCUGGGCCCGCCAGAAUCAGCAGCCCCGACUAUGAGAAAGCGAUGCUCGCGGCGGAGUACGAGGCACCGCACCAUCCUGGUCAGGAACAGGAGAGUACUUACGAUACACUCGGAGCCAGCGGAAUGGCUCCGUUGCCACCACCGACUGUUAGCGGCAUUACGUAUGCCAGCAUCUCUGCGGCUGAUAAUUGAAAUGAGAUCUGAUUGUAGGCGUUUUGUCCGGUCGUGGCAGCAAAUGAUCAUGCUUUGGUGCUGUGUGCUUCGACCACAUUGUGUGAUGCAUUGGUCGUGAUAAAAAUCCAGAUCCAU